AAUCAGUCCAAAGAUACACAUUUCGAGGAUGAGAUCUUUGGCGCUUGUUUGUCUUCUAUUCUGUUUAACUAAUUCCCUACCUAGAAAAAAUAACUAUGACUUCAACAGUGAAACUAGAACUGGUAACUACGAAGGUGACUUGUUAUUAAAUGAACGUCAAAUGGACACAAUAAAAGCUGGACGUGACCCAUUAUUAACCGAAGUGGAUAAAUGGAUUAACAACUUGGUUCCGUAUGUGAUCGAUGCAGAAUACUUAACGUCGAAACACGCCAAACUCGUUCGAGAUGCAAUGGCAGAAAUCGAGGAAGUGAGUUCCGUUCGAUUUAUACCGAAAACUACAGAGCACACAUUUUUAGUGAUUUCCGGUGAACCAACCGGAUGUUGGGCUACACUUGGACGCAAUCGGGGCUUAAAUCGCAUGAAUAUUUCACCGACCGAAUGCUUCCGCCAUGGAAGUAUUCUUCAUCAAUUGCUUCAUGUGCUAGGUUUUGUUCAUCAAACCAACUUUUUGGAUCGAGAUUUUUACGUUCACAUCAAUUGGAAUAAUGUUCGAACGGAGUUUGCAAAUGCUUUAGAGGUUUACCAAGCAGCAUCGGUGCCGGACUUCGGAAUACCAUUCGAUAUAGACAGUGUAAUGAAUUUUGGUUGGACACACUUUGCACGUGAUGGUCUGCAGACAAUUGUCCUAAAGAACCAUAAUCAAACAUUGGGACAACGAGAUCAGCUCAGCGUGAAAGAUAUUAAAAAAUUGAAUAUGAUGUAUCACUGCGGGUGGUGUUAAAAAUCAAUUGGAAUCCGUACCCAGAUAUUACAAUGCGACGAAUAAAUGGAAAUGAGAAAAUAUAAAAUAUAUGACA